UGAGGAGCGUAGCGCUGCGGAUGUCACGCCGGGGUUUAAACCGUUUCUGUCAAAACUGAACUUCUCAUUUGUUAUCAAAAUUCAUUUUUGGGAAUUACAUUUGUUAAACUUACUUUAAUCAUUGUCCGUGGCUUAAGCGUUAAAUUGUUUAAACGUUGAUAUCUGUAUCAUGCCCAAACUUAACAACACACCGCUGCUGGGAUUCUAGUACUUCGAGUUAACGUUACUCCUCAAGUUCUCCUAAAGCUGUUUAGUCUGAGAUAUCAAACCGUAUGAUGUUACUCAUUCUAAAAUUAAUUUCUACACACUUGUUAGAAGUCAGAUCUGUGACCUGUUGUGUUGUUGAUUAAAAAAAAAAGCUACACGGACAUCAAGAGUCAAGUUCAGAUGUCUCUGACGGUUAAGAUGACGUGCAGAACCUAUUCAAACGUGAGGCAUCAUGGGAGCGUACAAGUACAUGCAGGAGCUCUGGAGGAAGAAGCAGUCGGACGUGAUGAGGUUCCUGCUGCGUGUGAGAUGCUGGCAGUACCGUCAGCUGUCGGCCCUCCACCGGGCCCCGAGGCCCACCCGACCCGAUAAAGCCCGCCGGCUGGGAUACAAGGCCAAGCAAGGCUACGUCAUCUACCGCAUACGUGUGCGCCGUGGAGGCCGCAAGCGCCCCGUGCCUAAAGGAGCCACCUACGGCAAACCCGUGCACCACGGCGUCAACCAGAUCAAGUUUGCACGCAGCCUGCAGUCAGUAGCUGAGGAGCGUGCGGGCCGUCACUGUGGAGGUCUGCGGGUGCUCAGCUCAUACUGGGUGGGUGAAGACUCCACAUACAAGUUCUUCGAAGUGGUCCUCGUUGACACCUUCCACAAGGCCAUCAGACGCAACCCCGACACACAAUGGAUCACCAAGGCUGUGCACAAGCACAGGGAGAUGCGCGGGCUCACGUCAGCCGGCAAGAAGAGCCGUGGUUUGGGCAAGGGUCACAAGUUCCACCUCACCAUCGGCGGCUCUCGGCGCGCGGCCUGGAAGAGACGCAACACCCUGCAGCUGCACCGUUACCGCUAGACGACGCCGGCUACAACUGUACAUUUGCCCAAAUAAAGUACCUUUGUAUCCAAA